ACAGAGACUGGGUUCGAGGUGCCCUACACGUUAGAGGAAAAACCCAAGAUGGCGGCCGUCGUCAAAGAUUUCUCGAGUUUAAUUGGGAAUGAAAAACUGUGAAAAUUGCAAUGCACUGGGGCAUUUUCAACGGAAUUUUCGAACGCCGAUAAAUAAGUAUCUCUUCUCUUAAAAUGACAACGAACAAUGUAGAACGACGCUAGAAAACUAAGGAACAUAUGAGGUGCAAAUUGCGCCUAAAAUUAAGUUGACAUUAUGGGAGAGUUUAAAAUCAAGACAGAGUACAACUUCGGUUCCUCAAGAAGUACGAAUUCUCCGAAAGCAUGGAGUUCUCUGAUGUACCUCACCGAGCGCGAGAGGGGUGCUGCGUACAAGAACGACUCGGUCAUGGCCCGUUACUACAAGUAUAUCGCCUUACGAAAAAUCUGGGAUCCACAAAGCACAGCUGUGGAAGAGGGCCAUGGAGCUGUAUUCAAUAUAGAAUUCUCUCCUAAUGGGAGCUUGCUUGUGGCGGCAUGUGAACGGGCAAGCUUCCUUGUUUUUGACCCAGUCAGCCAACAGUUAAUCAAAAGCAAACGCAAGGCGCACAGUGAUUGCGUUAAUUGUGUGAGGUUUCUGGACUCAAGAUCUUUUUUGACUUGUUCAGAUGACAAGACAAUAUGCCUAUGGGAUGCUCGCAAUCUGAAGUCUAAUGUUUUUAGUCUUGUUGGUCACACCAGCUGGGUGAAGAGUAUAGAAUAUUGUAGAGAAUCUGGUAAGCUAGUAACCUCUGCGUUUGAUGACACUAUACGUACUUGGGAUCUCAAUCGGUACAUGGAAUCUGGAAACCCUCGUGGGAAGGUGCUUCUCAAUGUAUCAAACUUGACACGCAUGAAGCUAACCCCUUGUGGUGGUAAAAUGAUUAUCUCUUCAAUUCCUGGACAUUUGGUGGUGAUACACAAUCUUGACUUGGAUUUCCUGGAAAAACACAUGGAUGAGCACACUUUACCCUUUUGGAGCUUCCCAGGGAAUCAGCCAGGAAUGAGUAUACCUAACCAGAACAAACCAUGGACUGCUAAGAAUAAAUUUGAGGUGAUAGCAGAAUUUCCAGACAAUGUUAUACCUUGGUGUAUCUCAUCCCUGGAAAUACACCCACAGGGUUGGUGCGUAGUGUCACGUUAUUCUAGUGCUGGAUGGAACCAGGAGUGGACUGCCGUCUAUGAUAUACAGACCUCACAUCUCAAGGACUCUGGUCUGGAGCCAGUAAAUCAAGAUGGGGCAUCCACCACACCUGAGAGACUAAUCUAUUGCAUAGAAGAACCCAAUGUGGCAAGGGGCUACAUCAAAGAGCCAUGCUUCAGUUGCGAUGGCCGCACAAUUGGUUCACCUUUUGGGAACACCUCAAGACUACUAGGGUUUAGUAGUGAAUGUGAAGAGCUGCCAAAAUGUCUGUUGAAAAAUCCCUCAGAAUUACUUGAUUUGAAAAUCCUUGUGAGUCAUAAAAACCCUGUGCUAACAUGUCGCUUCUCACCCACACAUCCAACACUGGCAACAGGCUGUCUGGGUGGAAAAGUGUCUUUUCACUUUCCAAAACUUUGAGAAGUUUGCACAGUGGUUGAUUCACAGGAAAGAUUAGCCAUGAUAGAUGGACUGUAAUCUUAUGUCAAUGCAAUAAAUUAUGCGGUUUAUAAACUAA